UCUUACUCAUUUAAAUAGAGGAAUACAUUGCUCGAUGGUCAUGGACAUCACUUUACUCCAGAGAAUCAAUCGCGCAACGUGGAAGCAACCGAUACCUUCCCCGACAUCAUGAUCACCCACUUCAAACCAACCCUGACCAAGAGCCUGCCCUCGCUGGCAAUGCCAACAUUACACACGGCACUCGCACCUCUUCUCCCGUCGAAACAGCACUCUUUUCUUUCAGUUCGUGUGGACGGCGUGUUCAAUCAGGUGGCCUUCCGAGUUAUGCCGGCGCCGCACAGAGACAGGCAGCCGCCGUCCGACUUGUCGACACGCCAGCAACUCCAAUCUGUCCACAAUGUUCCAGGCCUUGUCUUUGGAUUCUGGUCACCUGGCUGUAGCAAUGGCUUCCAUGUUGCAGGAUUUCAUUUGCAUUUCAUCUCUGACGAUCGCACCGCCGGAGGACACGUCACGGGGUUCGACGCCUGGGAUGUGCAGCUCUCCGCCGGGGUUCUGAAGGAGUACAGGGUUGAGAUACCUCAGGAUGAGGACUAUCUUGAACUCCCAAUUCGGAAUUAUGAGGAAGAUCAAAACCUUCACUGAAGGGCCUUGAGGGGGUUUGACUGCAAGUCCUUCUUUUUUGGCAGUUGUGAAACCCCGACUGACGUAAAUUGGUAUGUUACACCCCUAAGCCACAGUAUCUUGAAUGCCAAUUGGAAUACGGCUGACAGAGAUCAACAUAGCACUUGUGUUCCCUCAGCAUGCGCGAUAUAUUAUGCUUUUUCUUGUAUGGUGCCCCCCGGCCGAAGGAUCAACCUAUACGAUAUCUUCGCUCUUUGCCUACGAAUAUAAACACCGCACAUGAUCGAG